AUGACCGGCCACUUCUCCCUCUUCAAAGAAUGCACCGACCACAUCGACGUAUCAUCAUCCAUCCACGAAGAGCAAGAACCGAACGACAGCCAAAUUUCCCUUCCAAAUGUGAUUCCCGUCGAACCGGCCGAUAUCCAACGCGGCGCACUUCCAAUUCAGCUACUACAAGCCUUACCGGUCUACCGCCGAAGUGCAGAUGUCUAUCUGGCCGCUACGCAGGACUGCGAAUUCCUGGGCCGACCCCUGGUCGAACGCACGUUCGAGUCUCUGCAGCAGUUAGCAAAACCACCGAUGAGCGGUACACCGAACUUGGAUUCGCGCUCGCGCGAGAAAUUUCGACAUUUUUCGAAGCCUGCACGAUGGGAGAUUGUUGGCUUGGCUUUUUCAUUUGUGGGACUAUCGAUCCUGGAGAGCACUUGGCGACCUCUCGACGAUUAUGUUCACGCAGGGACUCAAUCAACGUUCUUCCGAGGACAAUAUACCGCUCUGGCUCUCAAAAACAUGCAACCGACUAAUGAGCGGUGCAUUCAGUGCCGACUAACAGCUGGCAACUUUCUGGGCAGACCGUCGCGGAUAAGUUGGCGCUUUUUCAGUAUUGCGUUGCCCCUUAAUAUCAGUUUUACCGAGGUCAUCACCGAGCCAAGUUUACGGGACGCGGCUAUUAGGAAACUAGACACCGAUGGCUGGAACACAGUUAAAAAUGACGUACAGGCCGUCUGGCUAAGAUGCGUUUUACUUAUGGGACCUGUCCGAGAGAGUAUUUUGGAAUUGUCCCUGAACAGGAAGGUGAAGGACCUCCCCCAGCGAAUUGAGGAGGUCUGGGAAAGUCUUCCUCCUUUCCUGCACCGGCGUCAUGAUCCCGAUGAGUCGUCGGGAAUUGCAAACGUCAAAGAAAGCGUCUACUUGCAGGCCCAUCUCGAUUACAUCUACGAUCAAUUCCUUCUUUAUCGGAUUCUCUCAAAACGACUAAACAUCUGGUCGCCAGACCUCAUCAAGGCCUCCCAUGACAUCCUGAGCGAGAUCCUUCUACUUGUCGACACUCGCAUCCAGAUGAUGAGAUUAUCGCCCGAAAUUACCUGGGUGAAGAUGUGCGUCUUCGGCCUCCCAACAGCCGGCGUCCUAUCCAUCGAACUAGUCCACCGCUGGCCCUCCCUCUCAAUGAACGCACCCAUCUCCCCGCCUAUCGCAUCACCUCAAUUCCCACGAUCACUGGUAAUUCAAAACCUCACUAUCCUCGCAUAA